GCCGCCUCCGCGGAGGCGCCCGCCACGCCGCGGCCGCGCGUCUUCUACCCGCGCCUGGUGCGCGACCCGCCGCCCUCCGAGGCGAAGAUCUGCGCGCUGUUCGAGGCGUACCGCGACUCCGCCGAGGACGCCAUGCUGGCCGACGGUAUCGAGCGACUGUGCGCCGACCUGGGGCUGUCGCCCGACGAGUUCAAGGUCCUGGUGUUGGCAUGGCGUUUGGAUGCAGCAAGAAUGUGCCGCUUCUCCCGUGAAGAAUUUGUUGGUGGCUUGCGUGCUUUGCGAGUUGACUCCAUUCGAUCACUACAAUCACGACUCCCAGAACUGGCAGCCGAAACAGCGCGUGACCCUGAUCUCUUUAAGGACCUGUAUCGCUUUACAUUUCGCUUUGGGCUUGAUGCUGAUGCUGGCCAACGUGCUCUGCCUGCUGACAUGGCAGCAUGUUUGUGGCGGUUGGUCUUCUCUGUGCGGGAGCCGCCAAUCUUGGGGCGAUGGUUACGGUUUUUGGAAGGUCAUCCCCAUGUACGUGGGAUACCCCGUGACACCUGGAACAUGUUCCUUAACUUUGCGGAGGCAGUGGGUGAUGACCUCAGCUCUUAUGAUGAUACUGAGGCUUGGCCAAGUCUCUUCGAUGACUUUGUCGAAUUUGAAAAUGACAAAGCAAAUCAAAACAUCGCCAAGGAUCGAGAAGGUGCAUUCAAGGAGACUGAUUGAAGAUCUUUUGCAGCCAACAGCUUACAGAUCCUGCUUGAUUUCCAACUGGGAGAUAUUUGGGGAUUGUUCCCUAGUUGCAUCUACCUGCCUUGCAUCUCUUACUGGUUCUUGCACAAAGACAGGCAGAUGCUUUGAGCUAAGACUGAUUCCACUCUGCAGCCAAACUCUGACUUUUGCUUUUUUACGUGAAGUUAAAAUGUGAUACUGUAACUUGUAUUGUGUUCAGUUUGUCAGGGCCACUCAUUUGAGUGUAUGCGCCUCCUCCCAACAUGUGAUCAUGGGCCGUUGUGGUCCUGUUCAGGGGUAUACAAAAAUAUAUUUAUAUAUCGGUGCCUCAUUUUUGAAUGGGCGGUCCUUGCUGGCUGCUGCCCUGUGAGCUGGGUAUUUUGCUGUAGUUCUGUUCACUCCUCGAGUGGUUACCUGGUUUAUGUGUAAAUGUAUAUAAUUUUUCUGAGAAGAGCCAUUUAAUACACUUCUAUUUGGCAUAUAUACUUAUACACUUCGGUUUUUAUUCAAAAAUCCUUCUUUGAUGUAAAAAUCCUAUAAUUACAAACUUACCUGAUUUGUCUUGUUAUUACUCAAGUAAGUAAAAUAUUAUUAAUAUUAUUUUUAUUUUACCUUGCAAUAGUUAUGUUUUACUUCUGAGGUGUUGAACUGAUUUUUUAUAAUUGUUGGAUAAUAUACCUUGGAAAAUACCACAAUAUGCCUUGGAUUUUCUCUUAGGAUGAUGAGGUAAUGAACAUUCUAUGUUCAUUAUUUAGUUUUUUUACUGAAAGAAUGUAUGGUAUUUUUUUCUGAAAUGGAAAGAUAAUGUCUACUAAUGUUCCCUAUGUUUAGUACUGAGAAAUAUAAUUGAUCCUAAAAUAGUGUUGUGACGCAGUAUUUCAGAUUUUGUUGUGCCAAAGAAGGAAAAUUAUUAUUUUAUCUGGAGGUGGACUUAAAUAUGUAUGAGGACAAUUAGAUCUUUUUUAUAUGGGGAUCUAAUUGUCUAAUAAUGUAAGUUUACAUUUCUCAACAAAGAGAUCUGAAAUUCUAAAAAUAGUAGUGCCAUCAGAAGAGAUAAUUUUUGUUAAGUUUUCAGCAUAUCAGACUUCUGUUUCUGUAUAUUUAAUGUUAUAGUUACCAAAUUUUUCUGUGGAAUCUGAUACUUCUAUAUAUGUUUUAUAAUUUCUUUUAUUCAUUGGGAAUGUAUUCUCUUAUUUCUUCCAUUUCUCUAUCCAGCAAAUCCCACUAGAACCAUUUGGUUCCAUUCCAUUGUAUAAAAAGAAUUGGAGAUGCUACUACCAACUUCCUUUUGUAUAUAAAAAUGGUACAGUUAAUAAAUGAAGAACGAAGUUCCAAAUUGACCUGAAAACGCACUCUUCUAAUGUUUGGAUGAUAAAUGUGAACAUGUUUGAGUGUCAUGAAUAUUUGCAUAUUAUAUUUUUUCCACCGAUUUUUGGAAAUAUAAUUUCUCUCUAAAGCUCUAUGCAUAACGUUCUAUUUUUUAUUGGAG